CCCGCUCGAUUGAUCGGGUCGGGGCGGGCCCGAGCGCCGCCGGCCUGCGCCAUUGAGGAGCGGCGGAGCGGAGGCGCCGCGCAGUGCCGGGCUGGGGCGGCGGGCCGGGGACACCACAGAUUCUUCCAUGACCAUGAGAGAGAAAAAUAAAAAAAAAGAUCCAUGAUUUUUAAACAUCUUUUUCUGAGGAUAUAGUCAUGUUGGAAGGUCUUGUAGCCUGGGUUCUCAAUACCUAUUUGGGGAAAUAUGUCAAUAACCUGAACACUGACCAGCUCUCGGUUGCACUUCUGAAAGGUGCUGUUGAAUUAGAAAACCUGCCGUUAAAGAAAGAUGCUUUGAAAGAACUGGAAUUGCCAUUUGAAGUCAAAGCUGGUUUGAUUGGGAAAGUAACCCUUCAGAUUCCCUUUUAUCGCCCCCACGUGGACCCUUGGGUGAUCUCCAUCUCCAGUCUGCACGUAAUUGGAGCCCCUGAGAGAACACAGGACUUCAACGAUGAGAAAGAGAAGCUGCUGGAAAGGGAACGCAAGAAAGCGCUGCUUCACGCCCUGGAGGAGAAGUGGAAGAGUGACCGCCAGCAGAAAGGGGAGUCCUACUGGUACUCAGUCACCGCCUCAGUUGUCACGAGAAUCGUGGAGAACAUUGAAUUAAAAAUUCAAGAUGUCCAUUUACGCUUUGAGGAUGGUGUCACCGAUCCUUCCCAUCCUUUUGCGUUCGGCGUUUGUAUUAAGAAUGUGUCCAUGCAGAAUGCUGUGAACCAGCCUGUACAGAAACUAAUGCGGAAAAAGCAAUUAGAUGUGGAAGAGUUUAGCAUCUACUGGGAUGUUGAUUGCACUUUGCUGGGGGAUCUGCCGCAGGUGGAGCUGCAGGAGGCCAUGGCCAGGAGCAUGGAGAGUCGCAGUCACCACUACGUCUUGGAGCCUGUGUGUGCAUCUGCUCUCUUGAAGAGAAACUGCUCCAAGGAGCCUCUGAGGUCUCGGCACAGUCCCCGGAUCGAAUGUGACAUUCAGCUGGAGACCAUUCCUUUGAAACUCUCUCAGUUACAGUAUCGGCAGAUCAUGGAAUUUCUCAAGGAGCUGGAGCGAAAGGAGAGGCAGGUGAAGUUCCGAAAGUGGAAACCUAAAGUGGCGGUGUCAGAGAACUGCCGGGAAUGGUGGUAUUUCGCUUUGAAUGCUAACUUGUAUGAGAUCAGAGAGCAGAGGAAGUGUUGUACCUGGGACUUCUUGCUGCACCGUGCCCGUGAUGCCGUAUCCUACACUGACAAGUAUUUCACCAAAUUAAAAGGUGGCUUGCUGUCUGCAGAUGACAAGGAGGAAAUGUGUCGGAUUGAAGAGGAACAGAGUUUUGAGGAACUGAAGAUUUUGCGUGAACUGGUUCAUGAUCGAUUUUACAAACAAGAAGAGCUAGCAGAGAGUCUGCGUGAACCUCAGUUCGACUCUCCUGGGGACUCUCCUGGCGGCCCGGAGACCGGUGGAGGCAGUGGGAUGCUUCAGUAUCUUCAAUCCUGGUUUCCUGGAUGGGGUGGCUGGUAUGGGCAGCCAGCCCCUGAAGGAAAAUCCGUGGAGGGGCUGUCGGGAGAGCCGUGCGAGCACUGGGCUCCGGAGGAGAUCCUGGGCACUGAGGAAUUUUUCGACCCCACUGCGGACGCCUCGUGUCUGAACACGUACACGAAGCGAGACCAUGUCUUCGCUAAGCUGAACUUGCAGUUGCAGCGAGGCACAGUGACACUGCUACACGAGGAGCCAGGAACGCCUCCUGUGAACGAAAGUGCGUUCAUGCAGCUGGAGUUUUCAGAUGUAAAAUUGCUGGCAGAGUCUCUCCCUCGAAGAAACUCCUCCUUGCUUUUCGUCCGGUUGGGUGGCCUGUUUCUUCGAGACGUGGCCACCGAAGGAACGACGUUUCCUCUUCUGGUCUUCCCUAAUCCACAGAAAGAAGUUGGCAGAGUCUCUCAGUCCUUUGGUCUCCAGACUGCACCUGCAGACAGAAGUGGUCAAGAUCUUGCUGCGGACCCAGAUGACCCAGUUUUUGAGAUGCUGUAUGAGAGAAACCCGGUGCACAGCCACUUUGAGAGGCGACUGAACGUCAGCACGAGGCCCUUGAACAUCAUCUACAACCCCCAGGCUAUCAGAAAAGUAGCAGACUUUUUCUACAAGGGAAAGGUUCAUACCUCAGGUUUUGGCUAUCAGUCUGAACUCGAGCUGAGAGUGGCUGAAGCUGCCCGAAGACAGUAUAACAAGCUGAAGAUGCAGACCAAGGCAGAAAUCCGACAGACUCUCGAUCGUCUGCUAGUCGGUGAUUUCAUUGAGGAGAGUAAACGGUGGAGUGUACGGCUAGAUAUUUCUGCUCCUCAGGUGAUAUUCCCUGAUGACUUCAAAUUCAAGAACCCUGUGUUAGUUGUCGUGGAUCUAGGAAGAAUGCUGUUGACGAACACCCAAGAUGACUCCAAGAGGAAAAGUGGGGACGGGUCAGCCUCUGAAGAGAAUCAGUUCAGUGACGAUGAAUAUAAGACCCCUCUCGCCACACCUCCCAAUACGCCGCCUCCGGAGACAAGCAGCAGCAAUGGAGAGAAAACACCUCCGUUUUCUGGAGUUGAGUUCAGUGAAGAACAGCUUCAAGCACAUUUAAUGAGCACAAAGAUGUACGAGAGGUACUCCCUGUCGUUCAUGGACCUCCAGAUCAUGGUCGGACGAGUGAAGGACAACUGGAAGCAUGUCCAGGAUAUUGACGUGGGGCCCACCCACGUGGUGGAGAAAUUCAACGUCCAUCUGCAGUUGGAACGCCGGUUGAUUUAUACCUCAGAUCCCAAAUACCCAGGAGCUGUGCUUUCAGGCAACUUACCAGACUUAAAAAUCCACAUCAAUGAGGAUAAAAUAUCUGCUCUAAAGAAUUGCUUUGCUCUCCUCACCACCCCAGAAGUUAAGGCUUCUGACACACAGAUUAGAGAGAGAAUUUUUCCCCAGGAAGGCCAGCGAGGAGGUUUGCAAGACUCAGUGAUGAAUUUAACCCAGAGCAUUGUGAUGCUGGAGCAGCACACACGGGAGGUCCUGGUGGAGUCGCAGCUCCUCCUGGCCGAGUUUAAAGUUAACUGUGUGCAGCUUGGCGUUGAGAGCAAUGGCCGGUACAUUUCUGUGCUCAAGGUAUUCGGCACCAAUGCUCACUUUGUGAAGCGGCCUUAUGAUGCCGAAGUCUCCCUGACUGUGCAUGGUUUGCUCCUGGUGGACACCAUGCAGACGUAUGGUGCUGACUUUGACCUUUUGUUGGCUUCACAUAAGAACUUGAGUUUUGAUAUUCCAACAGGAAGUCUUCGGGAUAGCAGGGCUCAGUCUCCCGUUUCUGGACCUAACGUGGCGUACUUCACUGAUGCAGCCACGUUGAAUGACCGAUCAGCUACUAAUGUUUCAUUUGACAAAAUCUGUACCAAAGAACAAGAGUCCCUCAUUAAAUUGGAAUAUCAGUUUGUGAGUUCAGAGUGCCCCUCGAUGAAUUUAGAUAGCACUCUGCAGGUGAUCUCAUUACAGGUGAAUAAUCUGGAUAUUAUCCUAAAUCCAGAGACAAUUGUGGAGCUGAUUGGUUUUCUUCAAAAAUCCUUCCCCAAGGAAAAAGAUGAUUUGAGUCCUCAACCUUUAACAACUGAUUUUGAAAGAAGCUUUAGAGAACAAGGAACUUACCAGUCUACCUAUGAACAAAACACUGAGGUUGCCGUGGAAAUUCAUAGACUUAACUUACUGCUUCUUCGGACAGUGGGAAUGGCAAAUGGGGAGAAAUAUGGUAGAAAAAUCGCAACUGCAAGUAUAGGUGGCACCAAAGUUAACGUCUCAAUGGGUAGCACAUUUGACAUGAAUGGUUCUCUUGGCUGUUUGCAGCUUAUGGAUUUGACACAGGAUAAUGGUAAAAACCAGUAUGUUGUCAGCAUUGGGAAUUCCGCAGGCUACGAGACUCUCGUCAGUGAAAUUGGCUUCUUUGAAUCUGUAUUUGUCAGGAUGGAAGAUGCAGCCCUUACUGAAGCUUUGAGUUUCACGUUUGUUGAGAGAUCGAAGCAAGAGUGUUUCCUCCACCUGAAGAUGGCUUCCUUGCAUUAUAACCAUUCUGCUAAAUUUUUAAAGGAAUUAACAUUGUCCAUGGAUGAGCUAGAAGAAAAUUUUCGAAGUAUGCUGAAAAAUGCGGCCACCAAAGUCACCACAGUACUAGCCACAAAGACUGCUGAGUACAGCGAAAUGGUGUCACUCUUUGAAACUCCAAGAAAGGCUCGUGAACCCUUUAUCUUGGAGGAAAACGAAAUAUAUGGGUUUGGCCUGGCUUCACCUCGUUUGGACACUGUAAAGUUAAUCUUGAACAUAAACAUUGAGUCCCCAGUGGUUUCUGUCCCCCGGAAGCCCGGGAGUCCCGAGUUGUUGGUAGGACACUUGGGACAGAUAUUCAUCCAGAAUUUUGUGGCUGGAGAUGAUGACUCCAGAAGUGACCGUCUGCAGGUAGAAAUCAAAGACAUUAAACUCUAUUCCUUGAAUUGUACCCAGCUGGUAGGCCGAGAAGGUGCUGUGGCUGAAGUAAGUCGGGUGUUUUGUGCGUCAUCUGCGUCUGCCAGUGUCAGUAGCCAAGAGGAUGCUCAUUUCACCAGACAUGACUUCUUUGAAUCUUUGCAUAGAGGUCAAGCUUUUCACAUCCUGAACAACACCACCAUUCAGUUUAGACUGGAGAAGAUCCCCAUGGAGAGAGACUCGGAGCUCACUUUCUCCCUCAGCCCAGGUGACCUGGGAGCUUCUAGCAUCAUGAAGAUUGAAGGGAAGUUCGUCAAUGCAGUUCAGGUGGUGCUAGCCAAGCACGUGUAUGAGCAGGUUUUACAGACACUGGACAACCUUGUGUGCAGUGAAGAUCUGAAUAAAUUUCCCGCUAGUGCCACCUCCUCCCCUUGCCCUGAUUCUCCGCUGCCUGCGCUCGGCGCCUGUGGAGAGCCUGCGGAGCGGAAGGAGAACGGAUUGUUCGGCCACUCCGGCCUUUCCAGCGCGUCUCAGAGACCUUCCUCUGUGAAGGAAGUCAGAUCCUUCACUCAGAUUCAAGCCACCUUUUGUAUAUCGGAGCUUCAGGUUCAGCUAAGUGGAGAUCUGACUUUAGGGGCCCAGGGUCUUGUGAGCUUAAAGUUUCAGGAUUUUGAAGUGGAAUUCAGUAAAGACCAUCCUCAGACUUUAUCCAUUCAGAUUGCCCUGCGCUCCCUGCUCAUGGAAGACUUACUGGAGAAGAAUCCAGAUUCCAAAUAUAAGAACCUGAUGGUGUCUCGGGGAGCUCCUAAGCCGUCCAGUUUAGCCCAGAAAGAAUACCUGUCUCAGUCUUGCCCUUCGGUGUCCAACGUGGAGUACCCUGACAUGCCUCGGUCUCUCCCUUCCCACAUGGAAGAAGCUCCUAACGUCUUUCAGUUCUAUCAAAGACCCACCUCUGCCUCCCGGAGAAAGCCAAAAGAAGUCCAAGACAAGGAAUAUCCCUUAACCCCUCCUCCUUCUCCAACGGUGGAUGAGCCCAGGACACUUGCUGGAAAGAGUAAAUUUGAUGAUUCCUUGGUCCACAUCAAUAUAUUCUUGGUAGAUAAGAAACAUCCAGAAUUCUCUUCCAGUUACAAUCAAGUUAACCGGAGCAUUGAUGUUGAUUUUAACUGCUUGGAUGUGCUGAUCACACUGCAGACAUGGGUCGUGAUCCUGGAUUUUUUUGGAAUUGGCUCCACUGCAGACAACCAUGCAAUGAAAGUGCCACCUGAGGACCUUCUGCAGAAUGUGAAGUCAGAAUCGAGUACUUCAGUAGAGUCGGAGCGUCAGGAUCCGGUUAACACCAAACUAGAUCUCAAGGUUCAUUCGCUCUCUCUUGUGCUGAAUAAGACCACCAGCGAGCUGGCUAAAGCCAGUGUGUCCAAGUUAGUAGCGCACCUGGAAAUGAUCGAGGGAGACCUGGCCUUGCAGGGCAGCCUUGGGAGCCUGUCUCUAAGCGACCUUACAUCGCAUGGAGAAUUCUACAGGGAGCGGUUCACCACAAGUGGGGAAGAGGCACUCAUCUUCCAGACUUUCAAGUAUGGCCGGCCUGACCCUCUGCUCCGGAGAGAACAUGAUGUCCGAGUGAGCCUGCGGAUGGCUUCGGUGCAGUAUGUGCACACCCAGCGCUUUCAGGCCGAGGUGGUGGCCUUCGUCCAGCAUUUCACUCAGCUGCAGGACGUCUUGGGGCGCCAGCGAGCUGCUGUGGAGGGGCAGACGGUGAGAGAUCAAGCCCAGCGCUGUUCACGAGUUCUCCUGGAUAUUGAAGCAGGCGCCCCUGUUCUCCUUAUCCCAGAAAGCUCCAGAUCAAAUAAUCUGAUUGUGGCAAAUUUGGGGAAGUUGAAAGUCAAGAACAAGUUUCUCUUUGCUGGUUUUCCAGGAACCUUUUCCUUACAGGAUAAGGAAUCUGUGCCUUCAGCUUCCCCAACAGGUACCCCCAAACACAGUGUGAGGAAAGCGGCCAUCCCAGAGAACCCUAAGGGAACCCAUUCCCAGGGGCUGUUUAUGACCCCUCCUGCUGGCAUGGGUCUGGGCAGCCUGAAGAGGGAGUCUGUGCCCAGUCCCUCCACCAGCUCCACCAAGCAGCGAGGGCAGCAAGCCACGCCUGCAGGCCGUGUUUCCAGCAGUCCAGAAGACCACGUCUGCCUGCUGGACUGCAUUGUUGUGGAUCUGCAGGACAUGGACAUCUUUGCAGCAGAGCGACAUCCACGGGAGUACUCCAAGCCCUCAGAGGCCAGCGGUGGAGAUCUCGUCUUCCCCUCCUAUUUUGUGCGGCAGACAGGAGGCAGCCUCUUAACUGAGCCUUGUAGGCUGAAGCUGCAGGUGGAAAGGAAUUUAGACAAAGAAAUAAGUCAUACUGUACCAGACAUAUCUAUCCAUGGCAAUCUCUCCUCAGUCCACUGCUCCCUGGAUUUGUAUAAAUACAAGCUGAUCCGUGGCUUACUAGAAAACAACCUUGGAGAGCCCAUAGAGGAGUUUAUGCGGCCUUAUGAUUUACAAGAUCCAAGAAUUCAUACUGUUCUCAGCGGAGAAGUGUACACUUGCAUGUGCUUCCUCAUUGAUAUGGUAAAUGUAAGCCUGGAACUUAAAGAUCCAAAAGGGAAGGAAAGUGCUGGAUCCCUGGCCAGAUUUGACUUCAAGAAAUGCAAACUGCUCUAUGAGAGUUUUUCCAACCAAACUAAGUCUAUCAACUUGGUUUCCCAUUCCAUGAUGGCUUUUGAUACCCGCUAUGCUGGGCAAAAGACCAGCCCUGGCACAACAAAUGUUUUCAACUGCAUCUUUCAGCCUUCCAAGAACAGCAGCACUGCGCAAGGAUCCAUUCAGAUUGAGCUGCACUUCAGAUCUACCAAGGAUUCCUCCUGUUUUACAGUAGUUCUCAACAAUCUUCGUGUGUUCCUCAUAUUUGAUUGGCUCCUGUUAGUCCAUGAUUUUCUCCACACUCCCAGUGAUAUUAAGAAACAGAAUGUUACUCCUUCUCGCCACCGGCAUUGUAGCAAUGAAUCUGCUGUAGUUCCCAAAACUGUGAAGAGUGGAGUAGUUACCAAGCGGUCAUCCCUUCCUGUGUCCAGUGAAAGGCACCUGGAGGUCAAGGUUAAUGUAACAGGCACAGAGUUUGUGGUCAUUGAAGAUGUGUCCUGCUUCGAUACCAAUGCCAUCAUUCUGAAAGGCACCACGGUGCUGACCUAUAAGCCACGGUUUGUUGAUCGCCCCUUUUCAGGAAGUUUGUUUGGCAUCGAGGUAUUUUCAUGCCGACUUGGGAACGAGCAUGAUACAGCUCUUUCAAUUGUUGAUCCAGUACAAAUUCAGGUGGAGCUGGUGGGGAAUUCUUCUUAUCAGAACAGCUCAGGACUGAUGGAUGCGUUCAACAGUGAAGAUUUCCCACCUGUCUUGGAGAUUCAAUUACAAGCCCUGGAUAUCAGACUCUCCUAUAAUGAUGUUCAGCUGUUUCUUGCCAUUGCGAAAUCCAUCCCAGAGCAAGCUAAUGCUGCAGUACCAGACUCAGUGGCCUUGGAAUCAGACUGUGUUAGCAGUUACCUCCCAGGGGCAUCUCGAGUUGGAGAAGAAAUCAGAGAGGGGACAAGACAUAGCUUAGAUCCUGUCUUGGAGUUACAGCUGGCUAGACUGCAGGAGCUGGGAUUCAGCAUGGAGGACUGUCGCAAAGCUCUGUUGGUGUGUCAAGGCCAGUUGAAAAAAGCAGCAAGUUGGUUGUUUAAGAAUGCAGAGCCUCUGAAGUCUCUCUCCCUGGCCUCUGAUGGCCGCGAUGGCCUGGGUGCUGUGGCAGCCCCCCGACUCUCUGGAGUGGAAAUCAAAGCCGAGAGCGUGUGCAUCUGCUUUAUCGACGACUGCAUGGACUGCGACGUGCCUCUCGCCGAGCUCACGUUCUCCCGUCUGAAUUUUCUGCAGCACAUGAGGAGCAGCUUCGAGGGCUACGCCCACUUCACUCUCUCUGGAGAUUACUAUAACCGCGCUCUGUCAGGCUGGGAGCCCUUCAUUGAGCCGUGGCCGUGCUCUGUGUCCUGGCAGCAACAGGCAGCCAGUCGUCUGCACCCUCCUCGCCUGAAGCUGGAGGCGAAGGCCAGACCCCGUCUGGAUAUCAAUAUCACUUCCGUGCUGAUCGAUCAGUAUGUAAGUACCAAGGAAUCCUGGAUGGCAGAUUACUGUAAAGAGGACAAAGAAGUAGAGGCAACCGAAUCAGAAGACUGGAUGGGCUCAUCGGUGGAUCCACCAUGCUUUGGACAAAGCCUCCCCCUUGUCUACCUUAGAACUAGGAGUACAGCCAGUCUGACUAACCUAGAGCACCAGAUCUAUGCUAGAGAGGCGAAAACUCCGAAGCGCCGGCAGCCAUUUGUUCCCUUUGCUCUGAGGAACCACACGGGGUGCACCUUGUGGUUUGCCACACUGACCACCACACCCACCAGGGCUGCACUGUCUCACAGCGGGAGCCCAGGAGUGGUGCCAGAAGGGAGCAGGACAUUUCUUGAUGAUGCCCACAAUGUCAGUGAGUGGCGAGAAGUCCUCACAGGUGAAGAGAUUCCUUUUGAGUUUGAAGCAAGAGGAAAGUUAAGACACAGACACACCCAUGACCUCCGAAUUCAUCAACUGCAAGUGAGAGUGAAUGGCUGGGAGCAAGUGAGUCCAGUGUCUGUGGACAAAGUUGGGACCUUUUUCCGAUAUGCAGCUCCAGAUAAAAAUUCCUCUUCAUCCACGAUUGGCAGCCCAAGCAGCAGAACAAAUAUUAUACAUCCCCAAGUCUAUUUCUCUUCACUCCCGCCCGUCCGGGUGGUCUUUGCAGUGACUAUGGAGGGCAGCGCUCGGAAAGUAAUCACUGUUCGAUCAGCGCUCAUAGUGAGGAACCGGCUGGAGACACCCAUGGAACUGAGACUGGACAGCCCGUCGGCCCCAGACAAGCCGGUGGUGCUUCCUGCUGUCAUGCCAGGGGACUCGUUUGCUGUGCCUUUACAUCUCACCUCCUGGCGGCUCCAGGCCCGGCCCAAAGGAUUGGGUGUGUUUUUCUGUAAGGCUCCUAUUCACUGGACAAACGUUGUGAAGACUACAGAGGUUAGUAGCAGCAAACGAGAGUGCCACUCUAUGGACACCGAAAAAAGCCGAUUCUUCAGAUUUUGCGUGGCUAUAAAGAAAGAGAAUUAUCCAGAUUAUAUGCCCUCAAACAUAUUUUCUGAUAGUGCAAAACAGAUUUUCAGACAGCCUGGGCAUACUAUAUAUCUCCUGCCAACUGUGGUCAUCUGCAACCUGCUGCCCUGUGAACUCGAUUUUUAUGUUAAAGGAGUGCCAAUUAAUGGGACACUGAAACCUGGCCGAGAGGCAGCUCUGCACACAGCUGAUACGUCCCAGAACAUCGAGCUGGGAGUGUCACUGGAGAAUUUUCCCCUCUGUAAAGAGUUGCUCAUUCCACCUGGAACCCAGAACUAUAUGGUGAGAAUGCGACUUUAUGACGUCAAUCGGCGGCAGCUGAACCUCACCAUCCGAAUUGUGUGUCGAGCAGAAGGAUCCUUAAAGAUUUUCAUUUCUGCCCCAUAUUGGCUCAUUAACAAAACAGGGUUGCCACUCAUCUUCAGACAGGACAAUGCGAAGACUGAUGCUGCAGGCCAGUUUGAGGAACAUGAGCUGGCCCGGAGCCUGAGCCCUCUCUUAUUCUGCUAUGCUGAUAAAGAGCAGCCCAACCUCUGCACGAUGAGAAUCGGAAGGGGGAUUCAUCCAGAAGGCAUGCCAGGCUGGUGUCAGGGCUUCUCCCUGGAUGGUGGGAGUGGUGUCCGAGCUUUGAAAGUCAUCCAGCAAGGAAACCGCCCAGGGCUGAUCUAUAACAUUGGUAUUGAUGUCAAGAAAGGUCGCGGUCGCUAUAUUGACACCUGCAUGGUCAUCUUUGCCCCCCGUUACCUGUUAGAUAAUAAAUCAUCUCACAAGCUUGCGUUUGCACAGAGGGAAUUUGCCAGGGGACAGGGAACAGCGAAUCCAGAAGGCUACAUCUCCACCCUUCCUGGUUCCAGUGUGGUGUUCCACUGGCCGCGAAACGACUACGAUCAGCUGUUAUGUGUCAGACUGAUGGAUGUUCCCAAUUGUAUUUGGUCUGGAGGCUUUGAGGUCAACAAGAAUAAUUCCUUCCAUAUCAACAUGAGAGAUACCCUGGGAAAAUGCUUCUUCCUACGAGUGGAAAUUACUCUCCGAGGAGCCACAUAUAGGAUCUCAUUUAGUGACACAGAUCAGUUACCCCCUCCAUUCCGAAUUGACAACUUUUCUAAGGUUCCAGUUGUCUUCACUCAGCACGGUGUAGCAGAACCCAGGCUCCGAACUGAAGUGAAGCCCAUGACCUCAUUGGAUUAUGCCUGGGACGAGCCCACCCUGCCACCUUUUAUCACUCUCACUGUUAAAGGAGCAGGUUCUUCGGAGAUCAACUGCAACAUGAAUGACUUCCAGGAUAACCGCCAGCUUUUUUAUGAAAAUUUCAUUUAUAUUGCAGCUACAUACACAUUUUCUGGUUUGCAGGAAGGAACAGGAAGGCCUGUGGCUUCCAACAAGGCUGUUACCUGUGCAGAGCUUGUCUUGGAUGUCUCACCAAAGACACAAAGAGUUAUUUUAAAGAAGAAGGAACCAGGAAAGCGUUCCCAGCUGUGGCGGAUGACAGGAACAGGAAUGCUGGCUCACGAGGGCUCUUCAGUUCCUCACAACCCUAAUAAGCCCUCAGCGACUCGCUCCACCGAGGGCUCUGCCAUCUUAGAUAUUGCUGGCCUUGCUGCAGUGACCGACAACAGAUACGAGCCUCUGAUGCUAAGGAAGCCGGACCGCAGACGAAGCACUACUCAGACGUGGAGUUUCCGGGAGGGGAAGCUGACCUGUGGGUUGCACGGGCUGGUUGUCCAGGCUAAAGGAGGUCUUUCUGGUCUGUUUGAUGGAGCUGAAGUCGUUCUUGGUCCUGACACUUCUGUAGAGCUUUUGGGUCCAGUGCCACCUGAACAACAGUUUAUUAACCAAAAAAUGAGGCCUGGUUCUGGAAUAUUAGCCAUCAGAGUCAUCCCAGAUGGACCAACUAGAGCACUGCAGAUAACAGAUUUCUGCCAACGGAAAAAUGACCGUUCAUCAUAUGAAGUGGAUGAACUUCCCGUUACAGAACAAGAGCUACAGAAAUUAAAGACUCCAGAAACAGAACAGGAAUUGGAAGUACUUGUGAGGCUAGAAGGUGGCAUUGGGUUGUCCUUAAUUAAUAAAGUCCCAGAGGAACUGGUUUUUGCAAGUCUUACAGGAAUCAAUGUGCACUAUACACAGCUGGCAACCAGUCACAUGCUGGAACUCAGCAUACAGGAUGUACAGGUGGACAAUCAGCUCAUCGGUACCACUCAGCCCUUCCUGCUGUAUGUGACUCCCGUGAGCAAUGAGAGCGAGGCCGUUGAGACCGGCCCUGCCGUGCAGGUCAACGCGGUGAAGUUCCCCAGUAAGAGUGCACUGACCAACAUCUACAAGCACCUGAUGGUCACAGCGCAAAGAUUCACAGUGCAGAUCGAAGAGAAGCUGCUCCUCAAGCUGCUCAGUUUCUUUGGCUACGAUCAAGCCGAGUCAGAGGUGGAAAAGUAUGAUGAAAACCUCCAUGAAAAGACAGUAGAACAAGGCGGGACACCAGUUCGCUACUACUUUGAAAAUCUCAAGAUCAGCAUUCCGCAGAUCAAGCUGAGUGUGUUCACCUCCAGCAAGCUGCCUCUGGACCUUAAGGCCUUAAAAAGCACCUUGGGAUUUCCAUUGAUUCGGUUUGAAGAUGCUGUAAUCAACCUGGAUCCGUUCACUCGAGUACAUCCCUAUGAGACUAAGGAGUUCAUCAUCAAUGAUAUUCUCAAACACUUUCAGGAGGAACUCCUCAGCCAGGCAGCUCGUAUCCUGGGGUCAGUGGAUUUUCUUGGCAAUCCCAUGGGGCUACUGAAUGAUGUAUCUGAAGGUGUUACUGGACUGAUAAAGUACGGGAAUGUUGGAGGCCUUAUCAGAAAUGUUACACACGGCGUGUCAAACUCCGCAGCCAAGUUUGCAGGGACGUUAUCAGAUGGCUUAGGGAAGACAAUGGACAAUCGGCACCAGUCAGAGCGGGAGUACAUCAGAUACCACGCAGCCACCAGUGGGGAGCACCUUGUAGCUGGCAUCCAUGGCCUGGCUCAUGGUAUCAUUGGUGGAUUGACCAGUGUUAUAACCUCAACAGUGGAAGGUGUGAAAACAGAAGGAGGUGUCAGCGGCUUCAUAUCUGGCUUUGGGAAAGGGCUCGUUGGCACUGUCACCAAACCAGUGGCAGGCGCCCUCGACUUUGCAUCCGAAACAGCCCAGGCGGUGAGAGACACAGCCACGCUCAGUGGCCCCAGGACCCAAGCACAGAGGGUUCGGAAACCGCGCUGCUGCACAGGGCCGCAGGGGCUGCUUCCCCGCUAUUCUGAGAGCCAAGCAGAGGGCCAGGAGCAGCUCUUCAAGCUAACGGACAACAUCCAGGACGAAUUCUUCAUAGCCGUGGAGAACACCGACAGCUACUGCGUGCUCAUCUCUUCCAAAGCAGUGUACUUCCUGAAGAGCGGAGACUACGUAGACAGAGAGGCCAUCUUCCUGGAAGUCAAGUACGGCGAUCUCUACCACUGCCUUGUCUCCAAAGAGCACGGGAAGGUGUACGUGCAGGUGACCAAGAAAGCAGUGAACACAAGUAGUGGUGUGUCCAUCCCCGGCCCGUCCCACCAGAAGCCGAUGGUCCACGUGAAAUCUGAGGUCCUCGCCGUCAAGCUGUCACAGGAGAUAAACUAUGCAAAGAGCCUGUACUACGAACAGCAGCUCAUGCUGAGACUCAGCGAAAACCAAGAGCAGCUGGAGCUGGACGCCUGAGAACCCCGCUGCCGGGGAGCCGUGCCGCCGCCGCGAACCCGGCCAGAGGGAGAGCAGAGGCCACACUCCGGGCUCCGAUCAGAGGCAGCAGCGAAGGUUUGGGGGAGACAGCGAAGACGGAGGGGAAGGAAGCCCCGUGGGAGAACGUGCGUGUGAAAGCCGUGUUCAUCUGUGCAGCGGGAGUUACGCUAGACUACAGGGAAGUGAUUAAAAAAAAAAAAAAACAUAUGGGUUGAAUAACAUAAAAAAGAAGUGCUGAGAUGAGUCUGAUUUUUAGACGGCCCUGUAUUUUGUUAACAUGUAUAUAUGUACAACUGCGUGUUUGUAAAUAGGUAGGAGCGCCUCUGAACAGGGCCCAUGACGUGUGUAAAGUCUCUAAGUUCUAUUGGCUCUUCCGUUGCACUAAUCUCACUCAUGUAAUUCAGGGUACUCUCUGUAGAAAGGCAUUCGCAGAAGGUGGAGAGCCCUAUGCCCUGGGUUUGCAAACUAGAGGAACCGUGGGAAGCGAGUCGCGGUGAAACCGAGGCGCUGAACCCGCCGCCUGUGCAGCUCUGGACGCCCGGGCGGGAGCCUCGGAGGCAGAGCUGGCCCUCGCGGGGCAGGAGCGUGGCUCGGGGGCUGCCUGCUCUCGCUGCCCAGCACACACAGAGUGGCAUUGUCUGUCUUUGGCAGGUUGUUACCAGGGGUUGGAAACAUCGGUAAGCUCUGUUGUUUUAGAAGAAAAAAUCCCAUGGAUUGCUGUACAAAAUCGAUUCCAACACGAAUGCCGACUUCCUGGGCCCCGCAAGCGAGGAGCGAGUCCUGGUCUGGUUCCCUGCACCAGCCGCAGGCGGGCUGCGCAGCUCCACGGCCGGGGGACCCAGGGGUGGCAGCACCAGGACAGAGCAGGGAAGGAGAGAGUUUCAGAAAAGGGAAUGAAAUAGGAGUAUUAACGGCCGGUCUGUGAGCUAUUCAUGGAACUGGCUUUUGGCAAAAGCGGCCCUUGUCUGUGGUUUAAAUUCCAGCCUGGUCUGAAUGCCCCGCCUCCUCCCUGGGUCUUGUUUUUGGUGUUUUCCCUUUUCUGUGAGAAAUAAAUGGGGGAGGGGGUUACUCUGCAAUGAAUGAGUCACCUUGUGAUUUUAAAGUUUUUAUUUUAAUAAAAUAAUCACUUUCUACAAUCUCA